CCGUAGUUGGGUCUCUGGACCAUACGGCCUCCUGGCUCUCUAGAAUGGCUACCGCUGCGAUUUUCCUUAACCAGCAUCAUUUCCUCUGCUCAAGCUCCACCGUAGCAAGAUCGACCAGCGGAGCCUUGUCAUGGCACCUCCGAAGAACGAGUGUGAUCACUCCACCGAAGAAGCGUGUAGUCUCUUUAGCUGCUGCUUGUUCAGCUUCUCAGUCGCCUGAAGCGGACACCCAAACUGCGGAGUCGUGCGUUAAUUUGGGCCUCUCCUUCUUCUCAAAUGGACGGGUUAAGGAUGCUCUCGUCCAGUUUGAAACAGCACUUAGCUUGGAUCCCAAUCCCAUUGAGGCCCAAGCUGCGCUAUAUAACAAGGCUUGCUGCCAUGCUUACAGAGGAGAAGGAAAAAUGACUGCCGAUUGCUUACGUACAGCUUUAAGGGACUAUAACCUCAAGUUCUCCACCAUUCUGAAUGACCCUGACUUGGCAUCCUUCCGAGCUUUUCCCGAGUUCAAGGAACUGCAAGAAGAGGCCAGACUGGGUGGUGAAGACGUAGGCGAAAGCUUCCGUAGGGAUCUCAAACUAAUCAGUGAAGUCCAAGCACCGUUUCGUGGAAUAAGGAGAUUCUUUUAUGUUGCAUUCACAGCAGCUGCAGGCAUAUCAAUGUUCUUAACAAUUCCUAGGCUGGUUCGUGCACUCCAAGGUGGAGAUGGCGCUCCUGAUCUAUUGGGAACUGCUGGAAAUGCUGCAGUUAAUGUAGGAGGUAUUAUAGUUUUCGUUGCAUUGUUUAUAUGGGAUAAUAAGAAAGAGGAACAGCAACUAGCACAGAUAACCAGGGAUGAAACUCUAUCAAGGUUGCCUUUGCGCCUUUCGACAAAUCGUGUGGUUGAGCUCGUUCAACUUCGAGAAACUGUCAGGCCAGUAAUUCUCGCUGGGAAGAAAGACACUGUUUCAUUGGCCAUACAGAAGGCAGAGAGAUUCCGUACUGACCUUGUAAGGCGUGGUGUUCUUUUGGUUCCCGUUAUAUUGGGUGAGGGUAGAGAACCAGCAGUUGAGAAGAAAGGUUUUGGUGCUACCCGGAAUGCAGCUGCCGCUCUUCCAUCUAUUGGGGAAGAUUUCGAGAAAAGAACUCAGUCGGUGGUAACAAAGUCAAAGUUGAAAGCUGAAAUCAGAUUCAAGGCAGAGGUUGUGUCCCCUUCAGAAUGGGAGAGGUGGAUAAGGGAUCAGCAAAUAUCUGAAGGUGUUACUCCUGGUGAGGAUGUCUACAUAAUAAUGCGACUGGAUGGUCGAGUUCGAAGAUCUGGUAAAGUAAGUAUCCUACCUUUCAGAUUUCGGCUUUCCACUUUAAAUGAAGUGUCAGAAGUUUAAGGCCCAAAAAUGUGGGAAAUGAUGUUAUACUCUUAGCUCUACUUUGAAUAAGCUAAUAGGACUAUAAAAAAAAGGAGUGAACAGCAUCGUCGAAUAUACAUUUAUGGAUUUUCUCACUUUUGCUACUACCACCUCAAUGGCUCAGUUUGGAUUCUGGGAUUUGUCAUAUACCAGAAAGGCUUUACUUUCAUAGUCUUCCAUCCUGCCUCAUGUAGCCUUCGCAGAUCUGUCUGCCUGAAUUGCGACCUUGAUGAUGGAAUGCUAGUGUACCAGUAUCAUAUGGCCCAAGGCCGAAUAACCAAAUCAGUCAACACUAUCUCUCAUUUAGAUGUGUUGCCUCCGAGCUUAGGUUAUGGAGGAAAAAUAGUGGCCGAGAAGAAACAGCUAGGCGUUAUUCAUGAAAAGCAAGAAUAUUUGCUGUGAUGCAGGGGAUGCCCGACUGGCAGCAGAUGGUGAAGGAGCUGCCGCCGAUGGAUGCAUUGUUCAGUAAACUAGAAAGAUAAAAGGGUCGUUUCUCGAUUUUGGGAAUCACUGUUAAUGGCAGUGGUUCUUGUGGGCUCUUUUGGAUAAUGCUAAGGUGAAGAUGAUGAAGAUGGCGGGUGCAAUUUUCCUUUCCCAUAAAUUCUGUAGAUAAUAUUACUUUCGUUUUAACUCGAAUUCUAAUUUUUUUUUUACAUUUUUUUUUUUUAUAUAAA